UUCGCUCGUGUCUUUUAUAACGGGUGCAAAGGGAGAGAGCAAAGAAUGAUGAGAGAGAACACAGAGAGAGAGAGAAAGAAGUGGCCUUGAAUGGAGGUGGAGAAUCAGCAGGCGAAGAUGCAGAUCAACAAUACCACCACCACCAACAACAAAGUCUGUGAUUCGAAUUCGGAUCCCGAUCGUCCUUUGAGAGUGUACGCCGAUGGGAUCUACGAUCUCUUCCACUUCGGCCAUGCCCGCUCCCUCGAACAAGCUAAGAAAUCGUUCCCAAAUGCGUAUUUGCUGGUUGGAUGCUGCAACGAUGAAGUAACGCACAAGUACAAGGGGAAAACUGUUAUGACCGAAUCUGAGCGUUAUGAAUCUCUUCGUCAUUGCAAGUGGGUUGAUGAAGUUAUUCCGGAUGCACCAUGGGUGAUCAAUCAAGAAUUUCUUGACAAGCAUAAUAUUGACUAUGUGGCCCAUGAUUCUCUUCCUUAUGCUGAUGCUAGCGGAGCUGGGAAAGAUGUCUAUGAAUUUGUUAAAGCUGUGGGAAAGUUCAAAGAAACCAAACGCACUGAUGGAAUUUCUACUUCAGACAUCAUUAUGAGGAUUGUCAAAGAUUACAACCAGUAUGUGAUGCGUAAUCUGGACCGGGGCUACACAAGAAAAGAACUAGGUGUUAGCUACGUGAAGGAAAAGCGAUUGAGGGUGAAUAUGAGACUCAAGAAAUUGCAGGAAAAAGUUAAGGAACAACAAGAAAAGAUUCAAACUGUUGCCAAAACUGCUGAGAUGCAUCGAAAUGAGUGGGUAGAAAACGCUGACCGCUGGGUUGCUGGAUUUCUCGAGAUGUUUGAAGAAGGUUGCCAUAAGAUGGGAACAGCCAUUAGGGACCGAAUUCAAGAGCGGUUAAUGGGGCAGCAAACGGGUGGGCUUCUGCAAAACGGCAAUGAAGAAGAUGAAUACUACGAUGACGACAGUGAUGACUAUUAUGAUGAAGAAGAGUAUUACGAGGAGGAGAAGAGCUAAAAGUGCUUUUCCAUGCGCAUUGUUAGGUUUUGACUUGUUCUUGGCAGUGUUUCCUUGUGGGAUAUACGGGGAUCGGUUUUUCUUUACUCCUUGUGGUCGGUUUUUUUUUUUUAAUUUUAAUUUUCCUCUGUUUUCUCUCUUCAUUGUAAGAAAGUAAAGUGAAAUUGUUGUGCUUGUAAGGGUGAACUUUUGUAGUAUUGAACUAUUGAAGUGUUGUAGGGUUAUGAUCCUCUAUUACAGAUA